AUGAAUAGCAUGUCGGAUAAUCAAGGCGACGAAUCUGCUUAUCAAGAAGCCAGUUACUACGGAGCAAUAGACAGCUCUCUUGGUGAUCCAGAAAAUGAUUACUCAACUGGUGAUAUGGAGCAGAGAUCGCCUCUACGAGAACAAGACCGUUUCCUCCCCAUUGCAAAUGUUUCCAAAAUUAUGAAAAAAGCCAUCCCUCCCCAAGGAAAGGUCGCCAAAGAUGCAAAGGAAUGCGUUCAGGAGUGUGUUUCCGAGUUCAUUAGUUUCAUAACUAGCGAGGCCGCCGAACGGUGCCAAAACGAAAAGAGAAAAACUAUAAAUGGUGAAGAUCUACUUUGGGCAAUGAGCAAUCUCGGUUUCGAUAACUACGUUGAUCCUCUAAAGACCUUCCUCAUCAAAUAUCGUGAUGCAAUUAAAAUCGAUUCGAGUAUAAUCAACAGCUCGGCGGAAAUGGCUGUUUUGCAACACCAACAACAACAGGCUGCCGCUGCAGCGCAGCAUGCUCACCCUCCUGGAACGGUUAUUGUCGCCGCUCCAAAUAUCCUAAAUUCAGCUGCACUUGGUCAGCGUCAAGUGACUUUAAACGGUGCGCCUGCUGGUACUACUAUUGAGCUUCAAGGGGCUGCCGGUGGAGAGGUGAAGCAGGUUGUCGUUGAAGGAGGUGAAAUCAAACCCGGAUCCACCGUUACACAAUCCUCCGGUGCUCCUACCCAUCUUACAAUGGCUAACACUGCCACUGGCCAAACAUUCUUGGUUCCUUUCUCCGGUCAGGUGGCUAUCGUCAAUGGAAAUGCUGUUGUGACUUCCGCUACGACUUAG